AGUAGUAUUAGACUUCAUAAAUAAACCCCUCCCCAGUCCCCAGUCCCCAGCAAACUCCAAGAAACUGCCCCUGAAAAGCACUUUUCCCUUUUCAUCUUUUCAUCAGGUUAAAUCCCUUUUCUAGCAUUCUUCCACCUGAAUCAGAAUCAUUGGAAAAGAACCCCCCAAAUCAAUCAACAUGCAUGAGGAAAAGAGUCCCAGAAAAAUACCCUUUUUGCAAGGCUUUUUGUGCUUAUUGGUGGUCUUGUUGGCAUCUUUUCCUAGCUGUUCCUUUGCCGCCAGUCGCUCUUCUGCCACCAAAAAGAAGGCUUCUGCUUCCUCUGUGAUUUUCCCUGUUAGUGGAAAUGUUUAUCCCAAGGGCUAUUAUCAGGUGACAGUGAACAUAGGCCAGCCUCCUAAACCUUAUUUUCUAGAUAUAGACACUGGAAGUGACCUUACCUGGCUCCAGUGUGAUGCACCUUGUACCAAAUGCACACCAGCACCUCACAGUCCUUACAAACCCAACAAAAACCUUGUCACAUGUAAAGAUCCCUUAUGUGUAUCCCUUCACGGGCCUACAAGCCAUCAAUGUGAACCCUUAGACCAGUGUGACUAUCAGGUUGAGUAUGCUGAUAGGGGUUCAUCUCUCGGCGUGCUUGUCCAAGAUUUGUUCCCCCUGAGAUUCACUAAUGGCAGCAUUUCAGCACCUCGUCUGGCAUUUGGCUGUGGUUACGAUCAAGAAAUUCCAGGUCCAAAUCCACCUUAUACAGACGGAGUACUUGGCCUCGGCACUGGGAAGUCUAGCAUUUUAUCGCAAUUGAAUGGCCUGGGACUGACACGGAAUGUAAUUGGACACUGCCUCAGUGUUCAAGGUGGGGGAUUUCUUUUCUUUGGUGAUGAUCUUGUUCCUUCUUCAGGAAUUGUAUGGACAUCAUUAUCAAGCAACUCUCUCGAGAAACACUACUCCGUGGGACCAGCAGACCUCUUUUUUGGCGGCCAGGCUUCAGGGGUUAAAGGCCAAUCUAUAGUUUUCGAUAGUGGGAGUACUUAUAAUUACUUUAAUUCCCAAGCUUACAAUGCUGUAGUUUCUUUGUUAAAAAAAGAUAUUAAUGGGAGGAAACAGUUACAAGAUGCUGUGGAUGACAAGAGCCUUCCAAUUUGCUGGAAAGCUCCAAAGCCUUUCAAAUCAAUUUUAGAUGUCAAGAGCUAUUUCAAACCAUUAGCAUUAGUGUUUACAAGUGCUAAAAAUGUUCAAUUUCAACUGCAACCUGAAGCGUAUCUCAUUGUCACGAAACAAGGCAACGCAUGCUUAGGUAUCUUGAAUGGUACUGAAGUUGGAAUUGGAAAAUUUAAUGUGAUUGGAGUUUUUCAAAAAUAGGUGCAAAAACACUCAAUCCAAACGCAGCAAUAGACAUUUCUCUGCAAGACAAGUUGGUGAUUUACGACAAUGAAAAGCAGCAGAUUGGAUGGGCUUCGGCGAAUUGCAACAGGCUUCCCAAGUCCUGACCAUGACAUUGUCAUUUUUACCUUUGACAUUAUCGGGGUGGAGGGGGCAUUCUCACAAGAAUUUUUUUUCUUCUUUAUUUCAGUGUGGAUCGUGAUUACAGUGAAGGUUAUUAUCAGCCUUACUCUGCCAACUUCAACAUUUUAGAAGAGAGUUGCCCUGCUACUUUGUGGUUACAUUAGGAAGCAGACUAGCAAAUAGAGUUAAAAACUUACAUAAAAUGUAAUUUCAUGUUAUUUGUUCACAUAGAAAUGACAUAAAAGGAUAGCUGUUUGUUGUACAAUGCUUCCUUGAUGUAAAUUCCACAUACAUGCAGAGUAUAUAUAAAUAUAGAUUGGGUGCUACCCCUAUACAAGAA